AUGGCUAUAGCGGGGGCUACAGUGGUACAAAUACCCGUGGUGGCGGUCACCGCGGCAGGCACAAUGGGGGAGGGGGACAUGGCGGCGGUCAUCAUGACGGGGGAGGGGGACAUGGCGGCGGUCAUCAUGACGGGGGAGGCGGCGGUCAUCAUGACGGGGGAGGCGGCGGUGGAUGCGGUGGCGGCGGAGGAGGAAGUGGUGGGUGUGGCGGGGGUGGCGGGGGUGGUUGAGGUGGGGGUGGGGGCGGGUGUUAAGAACCCCUUCUAG